AUGGAUUCGGCGACCACGGCCUCGGGAUCCUUUCGCUUCAUGGACCUGCCGCUAGAAGUCAGAAUGGGGGUCUACGACUAUUUCGUCGCAGCGCCGAAAGAUGCCGCCGGCUCCGAUGAAGGCUUCUCAGCCAUCACUGAGGCUGGAAAGGAGAGUCACCGCUGUUUCCCUCUCCAGCGGAGAGUCGAUGCUGGUUUUGUUGAAGAACUCACAAUCAUCCUCAAGACCCGGAGAUCGUUGCUGAGUGUGUCUCACCAAAUCAACGCCGAAUGGUCGCCCGUCUUCUUUCGUACUACCACCAUCAUCGUCCAUGGACCCAUAUUAGAGUACCUGCAUGACGGUGGCGUUGGCACUACCACUGGAAGGGCCCUUGGUUUCGAAAAGUUCUUCCUCAGAUCGGCCAGUGCAAGCACACUCGGCAACAUCCGAAGACUUUGCUAUGAUGCCUCAAUCCACGGUCCGUUCGAGUCAGUCAGCUAUAGCAAGGCCACCACUGUCAAUUUCCCAAAUCUUCGACAAUUUGCACGCAUCCUCGAUCGUUACCGAACAGACUUGUCGUCGCUGCAAGAGGUCGAGCUAUAUGCAAGGUGGCAGAUUUGGCAUGGUAGGAACAGGUGGCCAGGCUGGUGGGUUCAAUCAAGCAACGCCGCAGCAAGUGUGUGGACAGCCGCAAGUGAUGGUGGCCUAUGGGAGGAGAUCGAACACCUGCUCGUGCGAAGAAAUCGCCGCGCGGCUUUGAGGGGCUGA